AAAAUAUAUACUUGGGAGACAGGGCACGAGGCAGAAUUUUAUGCUACCUGGAACGUAGCUUGUGCCAAACUAUACAAAGACAUGCUAUACAAAGCAAGACAAAAGGGAAUAAAACCAUCCUAUGUACCUGAGAACAUUUGGGAUGCAUGGCGAGCCAUCUGGGCUGCAGACAGAUGGCAGGAAAAUGCAAUGAUAGCUCGAGCCAAUAGAAAGAGUGAGUUGGCUGGCCCUAGUACCGAAGCGACAAAACAUACCGCUGGAUCCCGAUCGAUCGUCGAGCAUGCCUUAGACAUGGAAGAAAUUGCUGCUAGGGUUGCACAGGCGUCUCAGCCUAGUUUAGAGGGAGGUGAGGAGCAGAUUUUAUCCACUGACCAGAUAAAUGAAAUUUAUUAUGAUGUGGUUGGUGAAAGGAAAAAGACCUCCACCCUAUAUGGUCUUGGGGCUCAGGCGAGAGUUGUAUAUGAUCAGCCGAUGGCUCCUAGGGCCAAGGGUCGUCCCAGCACAUCAUCGAGUGCAUCCGAAUCAUCUGCUAGAGUAGACGCCUUAGAGCAAGAAAACACAGAUUUGAAGACCCAACUCUCGAGCUUGGAGGCAGAAUUUUGA